AAUAUUGCAAAUCACAAACCUAAAUAAGUAUUAUUUUUCCUUAUAAUGUCACCAUCGCACACAUUUUCGUAAAAUCUUAUCAUCUUGAGUUUAAUUAGUACAAGAAAAAAAGGAAGCACACCAAUUAUUGAUUGGAGAAAUGGGCAUGGAGGAUGAAAAUGAAAGAUUGGUGUUGGAAGAUGGUCUUCUUCUUCAGGGAGAAAGUUGUGCCCUUUACACUUGUGAUGGCUCCACAGACAUAAAUGGUAACCCUGUGCUGAAGCAGAAUACUGGAAAUUGGAAAGCUUGCAUAUUAAUUCUUGGUACUGAAUGUUGUGAACGCUUGGCCUUCUUUGGUAUUUCCACUAAUCUAGUUACUUAUUUUUCUCAAAAACUGCACCAAGAAAAUGUCUCAGCAGCAAGAAAUGUAACCAUUUGGCAGGGGACAUGCUAUUUCACUCCCCUUAUUGGCGCCAUUGUAGCAGAUUCCUACUGUGGAAGAUAUUGGACAAUCACCACCUUUUCGAUGCUCUAUUUCAUAGGAAUGUGCACUUUGACUCUCUCGGCAUCAGUUCCAGCUUUGGGUCCAGCAGAAUGUAUGGGUUCUGGAUGUCCAUCAGCCACAGUUGCACAAUCUGCAGUAUUACUAUUUGGACUUUAUCUGGUUGCAUUAGGGACUGGUGGGAUCAAAUCAUGUGUUUCACCUUUUGGUGCAGAUCAAUUUGAUGAUACUGACUCAAAGGAAAGGCUCAGCAAGGGAUCUUUCUUCAACUGGUUUUAUUUUGCAAUUUAUAUUGGUAUUCUUGUGUCAAGUACCUUUCUUGUGUGGAUUCAAGACAAUGCUGGAUGGGGCCUAGGAUUUGGUAUUGCUGCCUUUUUUAUGGGCAUUGCUCUUGCUGGUUUUGUUUCUGGUACACACCUCUACAGAUUUCAGCAACCAGUGGGAAGCCCUGUCACAAGAAUGUGCCAAACUUUGGUUGCAUCGUGCCGUAAGUGGAAUCUCGAGGUGCCUAAAGACAGUAGUCUCCUGUAUGGAAUACAAGACAGAAGCUCUGCCAUUGGAGGAAGCUGUAAAUUGGAACAUACCAAUACACUGCAGUGCCUUGACAAAGCUUCUGUGAUUUCCACUGCUGAGAUUAGUAGUGGGGACUACUCUAAUCCUUGGAGGCUAUGCAGUGUAGCUCAGGUUGAAGAAUUAAAGACUAUGAUCCAUUUGAUUCCACUCUUGGCAACUGGCAUAGUAUUCUCUUCUGUUUAUGCCCAAAUUUCUACAACAUUUGUAGAACAAGGGAUGAUGAUGGACACAACUGUUGGUUCUUUCACCAUUCCUCCAGCCUCUCUCAACACUUUCGAUGUUAUCGCAGUUCUUUCUUUGCUUCCCAUUUAUGACAGAGUGAUUGUCCCAACUGUAAGGAAAUUCACAGGCAAGGAGAAAGGUUUCUCCGAGUUGCAGCGGAUGGGAAUCGGCCUCUUCAUUUCAGUUUUAUGCAUGUCAGCUGCUGCUGUGCUAGAAACCCUUCGGCUGCGGCUUGCCAAAGACCUUGAUUUAGUUGACAGAAAAGAAGUUGUACCAUUAAGUAUCCUUUGGCAGAUACCCCAAUACUUUUUUAUGGGAACUUCAGAGAUAUUCACAUAUAUUGGUCAACUUCAGUUCUUCUAUGAACAGUCUCCGGAUAGUAUGAGAAGUCUAUGCUGUGCAUUAUCACUUUUUACACUUUCAUUAGGGUACUAUUUGAGCUCCUUUCUUCUGACUAUUGUAACUUACUUCACAACAAAGGAUGGCAAGGGUGGAUGGAUACCAGACAAUUUGAACGAAGGUCAUCUUGAUUAUUUCUUUUGGCUUUUGGCAGGCCUUAGCUUGUUAAAUGCAUUGGUGUUCAUAGUCUUAGCCAUGAAGUUCAAACCGAGAAAGGCUUUAUAAGACUUUUCAUAGAGGUAUCAUUUCUGACAAGUGAAGAACAAAGUAAGGAUGUGAAAUUCAUUAGUGUAAAUAAUUAUUUUUCUAGUGGUUUGUAUCAAAGCAUAUAUAUUCAUUACAAUUUACAUGGGUCAUGUAAUUAACAAUGUAAAUAUAAUGUGGUUCACCACCUGCAAAUGGGUGGAAAUGGAUGGAACCAAUGGCUUCCAAGUUUCUAUGGGUUAGAUUAAUGGGGUUCACCAUGGUAGAGGAGACACCGAGUUGGAUCAUAACUUCUAAUCCUUUACAAGGAGGAGAAUUUUGAGUCACACAAUAAAAGAUCUUUUCUUUUUCUUCAUUUGUCUAUGUACAAUAUGCUACACUUGGUCCCAUGAAAGCCAAUCAUUCAUAAUAGAAACAUAAUCUUUGGAUCUUCCAACCAUGUCAAUAGAUGAAGUGCUUUGGCAAGUACGGUACAACCCAAAAAAAGGGUGUACAAUGGAAUUUCUCUAAAGGAAAAUAGGGUUAUCUAUCAAGCAAAUAGGCACUAUUUUUUUUUUUGGUAGAAAAACCUUAGCCAUCAAGCUUUCAAAGGACUCUAGGGUUUGUUGUUCUCUGACUCCUCUCAAUCAAAGGCGUUGUCGGUGUUGUUCCUUGCAGCAGUCGGCUUUUGGCCGAGAGGGGGGAGUUUGUCUUUGCAGUUGGGCUGGUUGAGUUUCCCUUGAGUUCUCUCAAUCUAUUCACACUAUGAGAGCUCAGCAAGGUAGUGGUAUGAGCGAGUCAGGACUCUGGCCUGACGACUUUGGCUAGACAGGGCUUCGAGGUGACACGAGGGCUUCAAUGGUGGACUGGAGCCUUUCUUGGUGCAUGCUCGGUCAGAUGUAGGAGGGAGAAAGCAAAGCUGGUGUUGUGGGUGAGCUUUCAACUCAUUCGUUAGAGACUUGAGAAGGUCGUCCUCCUUGGAGUGGUGGGGGGUGGGCUCCUGGGAAUUAGGGUCUUGGGUGGUGGAUGGUUGAUUUGGAUAUGUAUGUGACUCUGCUAGCUUUUGCUUUUUGGUUUAUUUCUUGUGUUGUUUGGAUUGUUUCAAUAAUGGUGUUUAUCACCUACCAUCCCACUACCUUACUCAUAGGGUUAGUGACUUUUGUGUUAGUGUUCCAUUGUGUUGGCUUAGUGGAGCCACUUGGUGUGCUUAGUAUGGAUGACUCUUCCUGGGAUCUUUUUCAGAUUUGAAUUUGGGGUUUGUUCAGAUAGUUAUUGAUCCUUAGUUUCGUGAUUUGUGAAUCGUUAUUUUAUUAUCAAUAAUAAUGUUUUUGGUUAUGAUA